AUGAACAACGAUGACAGCAAACCAAACGUAGGUUGUGGUGUUCAGUUGGGUGGUCCAGCUGAUAGGGUGGAAACCCAAGCAGUAUCGAAAGUUAUACCGGCGCUGAUGAUAGAACAAAUUAAUGCGCGUCAUGUCGUUCCACGAGAUUUGCCUAUAUUUACCGGAAAGCCGGAAGAGUGGCCACUUUUCUACAGCAGUUUCAGCAAUUCAACACGUUUAUGCGGUUUCAGUGAAGACGAGAAUCUUUUACGAUUGCAACGUGCCCUUAAGGGUAAGGCACUUGAAUAUGUUAGCAGUAGGCUCAUGAUACCAGCAUUAGUGCCGGAAAUAAUGUCAACUCUUCAAAUGGUAUUUGGAAGACCAGAACACAUAAUCAAUAACUUAAUUACUAAAAUUCGAGCAGUGUACAUUAAUAUAAAUAAAUUGGACACAAUUGUUACGUUCGCCUUAGAGGUAAAAAAUUUGAUCGCAACUAUGGAGGCUUCAGAGUUACAUUCACCCUUAGUGAACCCGUUGCUUAUCCAAGAGCUUGUGGAAAAACUACCACCGCAGAUGCGAUUGCAGUGGGCUGUUGCAUCGCGUAAUAUCAAUGUAACACUUAAAACAUUCGGCAACUGGAUAUAUGAACUAGCAGAAGCAGCAAGUAAGGUAUCGCCAGUUUUUGGUGCUGGAGCCAGUGCAGAUAAUGAAAGGCGCAAAGCGCAACGCAUUAAUUUUCAUGAAGAAGAACCUCAGGGUGCAGUAGACGAUAAGCACAAAAUUCUAACAUGCUUUUAUUGCAAGGAGGCACAUGCGUUAAAAAAGUGUGCAAAGUUUAAAACACUAAAAACAGACGAGAGGUGGGGCGUAGUGCGUGAAAUGAGACUAUGUGGAAGAUGUCUACUGCAGCAUGAUUUUCGAACGUGCAAGAGGACCCGAGAGUGUGGUAUACACAACUGCAACACGAAACAUCACCCAUUGCUACAUAAACAAACAAGUUCAACUGCAAGUGGGGCAAAUGAAACGUUGGCGGUUCAUCAUCAACUAACUUCACAAGCGCUGUACAGAAUUGUUCCAGUUACAAUAUAUGGAAAUGGUGUUACCUGCAACAUUUAUGCCUUUCUGGAUGACGGAUCUGGUCCAACGUUAAUAGAAAAAGACGUAUUAAGACAACUGCGGAUUAAAGGUGAAACGAAAGAUCUUUGUUUACGAUGGACAGAUGGUACGGUACGCAAGGAGCCUGAUUCUGAGCUGGUCAACCUGCAAGUCUCCAAAAUACGCGAAGGUAAAAGGUAUUCGUUGUGCAAUGUGCGUUCAGUAGCUAAGCUGGAGCUACCCGAGCAAUCUUUAAAUAUGACAGAACUUACCGAUAAGUAUAAACACUUAAAGGGACUACCAGUAGAAUCGUAUCAAAACGUUAGGCCUCGAAUGAUAAUCGGCCUAAGCAAUAAAGAGGUAGCUAUGCCAAUGAAGUUCAGAGAGGGAGGCAAGAAUGAGCCGGCUGCAACGAAAACUCGACUCGGGUGGACCAUAUAUGGAAUAAUUAAGCACGAACCUAAUACUAUUAGGGAAACGUUAAAUUUACACAUCUGUGAAUGCGAUGAUGAUCUAAGUUUGCAGCGUUUAGUGAAAGAUUUUGUCAGUAAUGAAAACGUUAUUGAAACAAGAUUGCUUUGGAAAUCAAAUAACAUUACUAUGCCGGAUAAUUACUUAAUGGCGUUGCGUAGACUUCAGUGCUUUGAGUGCAAGCUGCAAUCCAAUGUAACAUUGCAAAGCUGGGUAUGUGAUCACAUCGAUGACAUGAAGGCGAAAGGUUAUAUACGCCAGCUGAAACCUAACGAAGCCGAGGGGUGUUAUCCACGUAAAUGGUACUUACCGAUGUUUACAGUCAGUAAUCCGAAUAAAUCACAAAAGCAAAGACUAGUGUGGGAUGCAGCUGCACAAUAUGACGGAGUCUCGUUAAACGCGUGUUUGGAGAAAGGUCCAGAUCUGCUCACUUCGUUGGUAGAUGUUCUUGUUAAUUUCAGAAUCGGAAAAAUUGGUAUAAGUGGCGACAUUAAAGAGAUGUUUCAUCGAGUACUCGUAAAAGAAGAAGAUCAACAUUCACAACGCUUCCUGUGGAGAAAUUGUGACGAUAGCAGACCACCAGACGUUUAUUUGCUACAAGUUAUGAGUUUUGGGGCAACAUGUUCACCAUCGUUGGCACAACUGGUAAAAAAUAGUAAUGCACGCGAAUACGAAACCGAGUUUCCGCGAGCAGUGAAAUGUAUUUUACAAAGGCAUUAUGUAGAUGACAUGCUGGAUAGCGUCGACACAGUGGAGGAAGCCAUUAAUCUAGUCAAUGAGGUUAGAAAUAUUCAUAAGAAAGCAAAUUUCCAUAUUCGCAAUUGGGUUUCAAAUUCUAACGCAGUGCUGAAAGCUAUAGGUAACCAAGGCCAGGAAUUUCAAUUUUGCUCGGCUGGAAGGCGUAUAGACCAUACAUUUGAGGCAGAGAAGGUAUUGGGAAUCCAUUGGCAAACCGACACUGAUAUGCUCACAUUUGAUCUGAAGUUUACCAAAGCCACUGAGGAUGUUCUAAUUUGGCGAAGUGGAGUUAGCUGGGAUGACGCUAUUCCUAAUGAGCUAGUUGAUGAGUGGAACAAAUGGCUGUCGCUGCUUGGCGGUGUGAAAAAUGUGAAGAUACCGAGAUGUUACUUCGCUACGGUUAAUAAGGAUGCAGACUCCAUUGAAUUGCAUGUCUUUGUGGACGCAAGUGAGGUUGCAUAUGCAGCGGUGGUGUACCUAAGAGCGAAGAAUCGCAACAACAUAGAUGUUUCCUUGAUAUGUUCUAAAGCAAAAGUUGCACCAUUACGACCAAUAUCAAUUCCAAGACUGGAAUUACUCGCGGCGGAAUUGGGAGCACGCUUAGGAAACAACAUAAAAAGGGCAAUAGACUUGAAAGUGACCAGUAUAACGUAUUGGAGCGAUUCAAAGGCUGUUCUAUCGUGGAUAAAAUCUGACCCACGAGAUUACAAACAAUUUGUAAUGUUCCGCAUAGCAGAAAUCCAGGAGUUGUCCGAAGCAGAACAAUGGCGGUACAUUCCUACAAAAUUAAAUGUUGCGGACUUGGCUACAAAACAAACUAGUAAUCCAGACUUUACUUGGAAAAACCCUUGGUAUAAGGGACCGAAGUUCCUGUAUGAAGCAGAAACUUGUUGGCCAAAUAAUGUUGGCGUACAGAAAUAUAACGAAGAUGCUGAAAUCAGAAAGCAACGAUUGUUGGUGGCUCAUGUAGCAGAGGAGGAACCUCUCAUAGAUGUCUACCGAUUUUCAAAGUGGGAACGUUUAGUUCGAUGCAUGGCCUAUGUGAAAAGAUUUAUGUCUUUACUAUCAACUAAUGAAAUGAAAAAGAAGAAAUCUGUAAACCAAUGCUUGUCAGUUGAGGAACUGAAAUGGAGUGAAAAUUUCUUGUACCAGACAGCCCAGUUACAGGAUUACAAGAAAGAAAUGACCGCAUUAAAUAGAGACGCUAAUAUUACUCUUUCUAAAAUUAGCCCUUUGCGAAAACUUUCACCAUUCAUAGAUGCACAGAAUGUUUUAAGAUUAAAAGGUAGAUUAGAUAAAGCCGUAUGCAUCGAUGAUUCAACCAAAUUCCCAAUUAUACUAUCAAGGAAAAACUACAUAACUAAGUUGAUCGUAGACUGGUAUCAUAGAAAAUGGAAACAUCUAAAUCAUGAAACGGUGGUUAACGAAAUCUUUCAGAAAUACCACAUUCCGGGACUGCGUAGACUGUUAAAGCAGGUAAGAAAUAAUUGCCAACAUUGCAAGGUUCGCGAUGCGAGACCAAAGCCGCCGGAGAUGAGUGUGUUACCAGAAGCACGACUAUCAGCAUACUCCCGACCAUUCUCACAUGUUGGAAUAGAUUAUUUUGGCCCGUAUACUGUAACAGUAGGAAGACGCUCAGAGAAGCGCUAUGGCGUCGUUUUUACAUGCCUUACGUGUCGAGCAGUGCAUUUGGAGAUAGCUUAUAGCCUGUCAGCCAGCUCGUGUUGUAUAGUGAUACGAAAUUUCAUAGCCCGAAGAGGAGUGCCGAAUGUCAUCUAUAGUGACAAUGGAACCAACUUAACAGCAGCUGAAAAGGAGUUAUGA